GGGAGGGCGGGGACCUUGACUUGUCUCGCGGUUACUGGGCGGGCGCAAGCGCGCGAGCCUUCGGGGGCGGUGCGGGGCGGAGCCUAGCCCGAGUAGGCGCUGCAGAUCUCAGCUCAGCGUCACUGCUCGCGGAGCUGAGGUCGGCUCAGGUGAGGUGGUCGACCCGGAAGUGGCUGUGCUGUGGCCCCUGGGUGUUGUAAGGAUCCUGCAGCGGAGUUGUUGUUAAGGGGGAGCGGCCUCACCCCGCUUCCUCCAUCUACCCUGAAACAACCAUGACGAAAGGAAGAGCGGUCGAAAGAUCGCAAACGGCGGCACUCCAUUCGACCCCUCUGGGGGACAAGGCAGCGGGGACGCGGGGUCCCUCGACGCCGGGCAGCAGAGACCACCUGAAAGAGAAAGCCUGUGCAGAAGCUGGCUCAGCAAGAAUGUCACUUCUUAUAUUGGUGUCCAUUUUCCUGUCUGCAGCUUUUGUUAUGUUUUUGGUAUAUAAAAAUUUUCCUCAGCUUAGUGAGGAAGAACGAGUGAAUAUGAAGGUUCCCAGAGAUAUGGAUGAUGCCAAGGCUCUAGGAAAAGUUUUAUCCAAAUAUAAGGACACCUUUUAUGUACAAGUACUUGUAGCUUAUUUUGCUACAUAUAUUUUCUUGCAAACAUUUGCCAUUCCAGGCUCUAUAUUUCUCAGUAUACUCUCAGGGUUUCUUUAUCCCUUUCCACUAGCCUUAUUUCUUGUUUGUUUGUGUUCUGGACUCGGUGCCUCAUUCUGCUAUAUGCUCUCCUAUUUAGUUGGGAGGCCAGUUGUAUAUAAAUACCUAACAGAGAAAGCAGUAAAAUGGUCACAGCAGGUUGAACGUCACAGAGAACAUCUCAUUAACUACAUUAUAUUUUUGAGAAUAACACCAUUUCUGCCUAAUUGGUUUAUUAAUAUUACAUCUCCUGUGAUAAAUGUGCCCUUGAAAGUUUUUUUUAUUGGCACUUUUCUAGGUGUUGCACCUCCCUCUUUUGUAGCAAUUAAGGCAGGAACAACACUAUACCAGCUUACAACAGCAGGGGAAGCUGUUUCCUGGAACUCAGUAUUUGUUCUAAUGAUCUUGGCUCUUCUUUCUAUUCUGCCAGCCAUCUUCCAGAAAAAACUAAAGCAGAAAUUUGAGUGAAUAAUCCUCUGGGUUUUAGUUUUCCAUCAUCAUCAUCAUCAUCUCAGGAUUGGCAGGUUUAUGUGUUACAAUCACCUCUUCAGUAAUUGGAACGGGAGUUUGUAAAAUAAAAUUUCUUACCAGAUGGUUAAAAUAAUGCAUUUAAGUGGCAAAGGAGAGAAAAAGGAAAAGUGGAAAUUGGUAUACUAUGAAAAGUGCUGUCAGUAGUUAUGAUAGACAUCUCCUAAAUUACUAUUCCAAGACUAUAGGUAUUAAGCAUAGCAGGAUAGUAGGAAAUUCUUGACCCAGCUGAUUAAUUCAAUUUAAUAUAUUUCAUGAGCUUGCCGUAAAUAGUUACCCUUGACUUGAUAAUUUAAUGUUUUUCUCUCUGUUCAGUACUAUAGCUAAAAUAGGAAAAGCAAAUACAAAGUUCAAAAGCAAAGAUAUAGUAUUGCUCUUCUGACUAAUGUCAAGCCUUUUUUGAGAGGAUAAACUUGAAAACUAAAGCUCAAAAGAGAUUUACAUUUUCUUUCUCUUUUUACCUUUGAGAUAAUAGACUUGUUUAGAAGUUGCGUCUUCAGUGGACUACUGAAUUUGGAAAAGAUAUCAAGUUAUAUCUAUUUGGUGAGCUUUAUUUUUAUCUUCUGUUCUAGAUUAUCAUGGAUUAGUCUGAAAUUUAAAAUUCUGACCAGUCUCUUUUCAUCUUUUUUCUAGUUUUCAAAAUAUUUACACUGUGCAUAUACACAAUUCCAAUUGUAUCAUAUUGGUGUUGAUAAUUUAUAUUCAGAUAAUAUUUUAUUACAUGGUUCCCCUUUACUAUCUCAAAAGGGGAUCAAAAAAGCAAACAUUCAAAGUAUGCAGUUUUUAGAUGUUAGAUUAAUUAUAUUACUUAAUAUUUUGAACCAAAAGCAGUGGCAGUAUAACACUUAAGUGGUUGAACAUAGUUUAUUUGUUCCAAUGACUGUAAAAUUUAUCACAUUUAUUUAUUAGUCUGGUCAUUAAAGUAUGUAUUAUGUAAUUAUCCUUUUUAUGCAUGAUACAUAAGAAUGCCUUGUUUCAUUUCUCUAUUGAUGGCUUUAUUGUUUGGGGCUGCUUUUGAUUAAUGCAGUUUCCCUAUUGAGGGUUUUUACUUUUUAUAUCUCAAAGUAAAAUUAAAUUCUCAUAUGGUAACUACUAUAUUUAAAUAGUCCUGGAAAAACCAAACAGCUUUUUGCUGCUUCCUUAAUGGUAAUACCCUCGAUUCCUUGAUUCUAGGACAUGAAGUGCUCUGUUAGUUUUACCUUCGCCCAAGACUGUCAUGUUGAAAAGUACUUUAGCUGUGGUAGAAAUCCUUGUUAGGUUUUUAUUGUGAGAGGUAUGAUCAGCCUCAAAGCCUGUUUCUACUGUAUAAUGUGAACUGAUUAUUUUUUCUAUCACAGUAUUAACAAAUGGAUUUAUUGUAAAUACAAAGAAAAUAUAUUCAUUAAUAUACUAUUCUUAUGUCACCUGGCCUUUUGUGUGAAAUUAUUUAUUGUUAUUUCUAGCAAGGUUUUCUUCCUUUCUUAUCGACCAGAGACUGAUAAAGCUUUCAUUAUUUUUACAAGCAAACUUAAAACGUAGCCUUUUUGGACAAAGCUCACUAAAUAUUACUGUAUAAAAUGUAACUGAGUAAAUUUUUAUCAGACUUUUAAAAAUAAAAGAGUAUGGACUCAGGAGCAGCCUGUUUACUCCUUUAUAUAUAUAUAUUGUACUUACUCUAUUCUCAGAGUAUUUUCCCUAUUCGUAUCAUUGAUCUUUUCCCUUUCCCAGUUGUUUUUUCUGUUAGAAAACUGUAGCUGUCACUUAAGGUGGGCUAUGUUUUCUUCUCCCAAGAGAAUAUCCAGUCUUUCCACAUUCAUCAUCAUUGACUGUCAAGAAAGAGCCUUCUGCAGGCUGUACCCUAAAUGCAAUUGAUGGCCUGUAUUCAUGGAUUCACAGACUUGGCCUGAUGCCAGAUGUAGAUUCAAGCUUCAGCCAUAUCUUGAAGACAGUUACAUAGUAAUAAGCACCAGAGAGUAUGUGAAUAGUGAGGAGGCCAGCAAACUAACUAGGGAAGCUGACUUAGUGAGACUGCUCCUUCUUAGUUAAUGGUCUCUGUCUGGAAGUCUAUUACUUCGAGUGUAAUGUUUCUAAGGCAUUUAACAACUGUAAAUUAAAAUGUAAGAAGAAUAAAUUAUACUGAAAAAAACUCAAA